UGAUGGUGUGAGGUGAUAGUAAGAGUAGCGGUGAUUGGUUGACCCUGCGCCUGGGCGGGAGCUGCUGGAAGCGGAGGCUGCGAGUGGGGGCCUAGUGGAGUGGAGGGGUAACAAGAUGGCGGCAGAGACGGUGGAGCUGCAUAAACUGAAGCUUGCUGAAUUAAAGCAGGAAUGUCUUGCUCGUGGUUUGGAGACCAAGGGAAUAAAACAAGAUCUCAUCAACAGGCUCCAGGCCUAUCUUGAAGAGCAUGCUGAAGAGGAGGCAAAUGAAGAAGACGUACUAGGAGAUGAAACAGAGGAAGAAGAACCAAAGCCCAUAGAACUGCCUGUUAAAGAGGAAGAACCCCCUGAAAAAACUGUUGAUGUGGCAGCGGAAAAGAAAGUAGUAAAAAUUACAUCUGAAAUACCACAGACUGAGAGAAUGCAGAAGAGAGCUGAAAGAUUCAAUGUACCUGUGAGCUUGGAGAGUAAGAAAGCUGCCCGGGCAGCUAGAUUUGGAAUUUCUUCAGUUCCCUCAAAAGGCCUGUCAUCUGACACCAAGCCUAUGGUUAACCUGGACAAGCUAAAGGAAAGAGCUCAAAGAUUUGGUUUGAAUGUUUCUUCAAUCUCCAGAAAGUCUGAAGAUGACGAGAAGCUGAAAAAGAGGAAGGAGCGAUUUGGAAUUGUCACAAGUUCAGCUGGAACAGGAACCACAGAGGAUACAGAGGCAAAGAAGAGGAAAAGAGCAGAACGCUUUGGGAUUGCCUGAUGAGAAACUCCUAAUGCUUUCUGUUCUUCAGUGGUUUCCAUCUCUGACUCCUUGGCCACAUACAUACCUAAAUACACAGUCAUGUGCCUAGGUGCUGCCUCGCAAUGAGCGAGCAUGUACCCCAGGUACAUCCGUGAACUAAGUAGCAAUUUGACUUACUGCUGUUCCAACUUCAAGAUUGUUGUUGUUGUGUUGUGUUUUUUAAUUAUUAUUUUGCUUGUUAAUAAAAAUCAUUAGAAAAGAGAA